UUUCUGCAGGUUGCUGCCAAGAAGCAAAUACUGAAAAAUGUCAGAGACUACAUUGUAGAUAUAAUCUGUAAACGUGCUGAACUUGGUUACAACUAUGGUGUCAUACUUAUUUCAGAAGGUCUAAAUGAUUUUAUUCCUGAGGUGCAGCAGCUUAUUGUAGAAUUAAAUGAUGUUCUAGCCCGUGAAGUUUUUGAUGAAAAUGGGCAAUGGAAAAAGAAACUCACUGGUCAGUCUGCACAGCUUUUUGAGUUUUUACCUCAAGCUAUUCAAGAACAAUUGAUGCUUGAAAGAGAUUCCCAUGGAAAUGUCCAGGUUGCUAAGAUAGAGACAGAAAAAAUGCUGAUGGAAAUGGUUGACACUGAGUUGGGGAAGAGGAAGAAGGAAGGUGCGUACAAAGGGAAAUUUAAAGGGCAGUCCCACUUUUUUGGAUAUGAAAGAAGAUGUGGUUUGCCAACAAAUUUUGAUGCUUCCUACCAUUAUGCACUGGGUUAUGCUGCCAGAGCUCUUUUUCAUAGCAGGAAAACUGGCUUGAUAUCAUUGGUUGUUGGAAAUUUGAGUGCUCCAGUUGAUCAAUGGACUGUAGGUGGAACUGCUCUGACCUCCUUAAUGGAUGUGGAGAAGAGACAUGGUAAGUUCAAGCCUGUGAUCAAGAAGGCCAUGGUGGAACUUGAAGGUGCUCCAUUUAAAAAAUUUGCAUCCUUGCGGGACGAGUGGGCGCUCAAAAAUCACUACCUUAGUCCUGGUCCUAUCCAAUUUUGCGGUCAAACAGCCACUGCCGUUAAUCGUACACUGCUCUUGGCGAUUGGUGCUAAAGUUUAAGCAUGCUAUCAAAAUUCAUCUCAGAUGGAAGUUGAUUCGCCCAGAGAAAAGAAAACAAUAAUGGGCCUACUAUCGCAUUCAAGGCCCGCCAGAGAAAGUGAAGAAGGGAGAGACUGGAAGAAGGAGCCGGAAAAUGCGAAACCUAUUAUUUUUAAUAUAUUAUUAAUUAAAUAAUUUUUUUUAAACAAAAUAUUUUUUAUUAAUUUUAACAGUUUAUAGAUAAGAGUUUGAAUUUUUUAUACUUAUCGAAUAUCAAUUUGGGUUUGUAAUAAACCUUUGAUGGAAAUAUA